CUGGCGCUUGUUUCCGGCCGGACAGCCGAAAGCCACCGAUCCUGAACCAGCCGCCGGAGCCGGAGUGGCGACCGGGUGUGGAGCGGGCAAAAAGCCGCUGGGGAAGCCAGCCCCGAUCAGUCCCUUUUGGCUCCGGCUCCAGAUCCUGUGCGGAGCAACAGCUGCGGUCGCAGUCUCCACCACCGCCUCCGCCUCCAUCGCCGUCGGGGGAGGGGCCGGCCGGACCCCGGGGUCACUGGCGAGGAAUGAGGAGAGGCGGCCGGGCCCCGCGCUCCGCCCCGGCCUAGGGCCUUGCCCCGGGAGCCGCGAGGGUAGAGGCCUGAAUUUUGAACUUUGUUCUACCUACAUCCAGCUGCCUGAAGGUACUUAAUGAUCACAUGACCCUGGACAUGGAUGCUGUCCUGUCGGAUUUUGUCCGUUCCACAGGAGCAGAGCCAGGGCUGGCGCGAGAUCUCCUAGAAGGAAAGAAUUGGGAUGUGAGUGCUGCCCUCAGUGAUUUUGAACAGCUACGUCAAGUCCAUGCUGGGAACCUACCUCCAUCCUUUAGUGAAGGAAGUGGUGGCUCCAGGACCCCUGAAAAAGGAUUUUCUGACAGAGAGCCUACUCGCCCUCCCCGUCCCAUCCUACAACGGCAGGAUGACAUCGUUCAAGAAAAACGCCUGUCUAGGGGCAUCUCCCACGCCAGCUCCAGCAUUGUUUCCCUGGCCCGGUCCCAUGUCUCCUCCAAUGGUGGGGGUGGGGGGAGCAAUGAGCACCCCCUGGAAAUGCCCAUCUGUGCCUUCCAGCUUCCAGAUCUUACUGUGUAUAAUGAAGACUUCCGCAGCUUCAUAGAGAGAGAUCUCAUUGAGCAGUCCAUGCUGGUCGCCUUGGAACAGGCAGGGCGUUUGAACUGGUGGGUGAGUGUGGACCCCACCUGUCAGAGGCUGCUUCCUUUGGCAACAACUGGAGAUGGGAACUGCCUCUUGCAUGCAGCCUCCCUUGGGAUGUGGGGUUUCCAUGAUCGAGACUUGAUGCUGCGAAAAGCUUUGUAUGCACUGAUGGAGAAGGGAGUUGAGAAGGAAGCAUUGAAAAGGCGCUGGAGGUGGCAGCAGACACAGCAGAAUAAAGAGUCAGGGCUGGUAUACACAGAGGAUGAAUGGCAGAAGGAGUGGAAUGAACUCAUCAAGCUUGCCUCCAGUGAACCCCGAAUGCAUCUCGGUACCAAUGGAGCCAACUGUGGUGGGGUGGAGAGUUCUGAGGAGCCUGUAUAUGAGAGCCUUGAAGAGUUUCACGUCUUUGUCCUGGCCCAUGUGCUUAGAAGGCCCAUAGUCGUUGUGGCAGACACCAUGCUGAGGGACUCUGGAGGGGAAGCGUUUGCCCCUAUUCCCUUCGGAGGAAUCUAUCUGCCCUUGGAGGUCCCAGCCAGCCAGUGUCACCGCUCCCCUCUGGUGCUCGCCUAUGAUCAGGCCCACUUUUCUGCACUAGUGUCCAUGGAGCAGAAGGAGAAUACCAAGGAACAAGCUGUGAUCCCACUUACAGAUUCAGAGUAUAAGCUGCUGCCCUUGCACUUUGCUGUGGACCCUGGAAAGGGCUGGGAGUGGGGCAAAGAUGACAGUGACAAUGUCCGAUUGGCCAGUGUAAUUCUGUCUCUAGAGGUCAAAUUACAUCUGCUACAUAGCUACAUGAAUGUGAAGUGGAUCCCACUGUCCUCUGAUGCACAGGCUCCUCUGGCCCAGCCUGAGUCCCCCACCGCCUCAGCAGGAGAUGAGGCCCGGUCUACUCCUGAGUCUGGAGACUCAGAUAAGGAGUCAGUUGGCAGCAGCUCCACCAGUAAUGAGGGCGGCCGGCGAAAGGAGAAGUCAAAGCGAGAUCGGGAGAAGGACAAGAAGAGAGCAGACUCUGUGGCUAACAAACUGGGCAGCUUUGGAAAAACCUUGGGCAGCAAGCUCAAAAAGAACAUGGGGGGCCUGAUGCACGGCAAGGGUUCAAAACCUGGAGGGGUGGGGACAGGGUCCGGGGGAAGCAGUGGCACUGAGACACUGGAGAAGAAGAAGAAAAACGCACUGAAGAGCUGGAAGGGUGGCAAGGAGGAGGCAGCUGGGGAUGGGCCUGUGUCUGAGAAGCCCCCAGCUGAGUCUGUUGGUAACGGAGGGAGCAAGUAUAGCCAGGAGGUGAUGCAGAGCCUAAGCAUUCUGAGGACUGCCAUGCAAGGGGAGGGGAAGUUUAUUUUUGUUGGAACCCUGAAGAUGGGUCAUCGUCACCAGUAUCAGGAGGAGAUGAUCCAGCGCUACCUUUCUGAUGCUGAGGAGAGAUUCCUGGCAGAACAGAAGCAGAAGGAGGCAGAGAGGAAGAUCAUGAAUGGAGGAAUAGGGGGUGGCCCUCCUCCAGCCAAAAAGCCAGAGCCAGAUGCUGGGGAGGAGCAGCUGACUGGCCCCCCAGCAGAGUCCAAGGCAAUGGCAUUUUCUACUGGCUACCCUGGGGGCUUUACUAUCCCUCGGCCUUCUGGGGGUGGAGUCCACUGCCAGGAACCCCGGAGGCAGUUGGCAGGGGGUCCAUGUGUCGGGGGCCUACCACCAUAUGCCACCUUCCCCAGACAGUGCCCUCCUGGGCGACCCUACCCCCACCAGGACAGUAUCCCUUCUCUGGAGCCAGGCAGUCAGUCUAAGGAUGGAGUUCACAGGGGUGCAUUGUUACCACCCUCCUACCGAGUGGCUGAUUCCUAUAGCAAUGGCUACAGAGAGCCCCCUGAGCCAGACGGAUGGGCUGGAGGUCUCCGGGGGCUUCCCCCCACCCAGACCAAAUGCAAACAACCGAACUGCAGCUUCUAUGGACACCCCGAGACAAACAACUUCUGUUCCUGUUGUUACAGGGAAGAACUGAGGCGGAGGGAACGGGAGCCGGGUGGGGAGCUCCUGGUGCACAGGUUUUGAACAGUUGGAACACUGAAGGGCAAGGAGGCUGAACAAAGUUAAGCUCAACUAAUUGGCUCAUCAAGAACAGUCCCCAUGCUGAUGGGGCAAAUGCAGUAAUGUUUGUGGGAGCCUGGCUGGAAACUUUUAAGUAUGUGCGCACAGGAGUGCUGCCAGGUUGGCAGGAGCAGGUUGGGGCUGGAUGGCGCCUCAAGGGCUGCACUAUUUCUCUGCAGAGCUUGACUUUACGGGACUGAGGUGCAAGGGGGAAAGAUGGCGAUUCUGUCUUAUAACCUCCUGGGUCCCAUCCAAGGACCUAAGAGGAAGUAGUAUGAGAAGGUUUGGUGUGUGGGGGUGGGAGGUGGGCAGAAGUCUUGGGGAGAAAUGGGCAAAGGAAGUUCUCAGUCAAUAAAAAAUAGACCAAAGUUCAUUAGGUUGGGGAAAGCACAUGGUGGUGGAGUGGGAAGUGUGGAGGGGAAGCGGGAAAUUGGACACAUUUGCUAUUGAUUUGAAUUAAGGUAGACAUUAGGGUUGGAUAAAUUCUUCCCCUUGAAGGAUCUGGAAAGACAAGGCAGUGAUAUGUGCUCAUGGGUGCCUGUUAGGAGGUGGGGGUAGUUUAAAUCCGUUGGUUGAGAUGGGAAAGGGAGGAACUUAAAAGGGAAAUCCUUUUCCUCUUAAGCUUUAUUUCCUUGCAGUCAUGUGUCAUCUGUUACAGUUUGAGAAGAGUUGAGAAGAGAUUGCUGAUUACUCCCCAUCUUUUCCUCACCUAAAUCUUUAACUGUAUUUUUUUAAGUUCCCUGUGGGAAAGGGAAGAGCAUGGUGAGAAGAGCAGUCAUGUGUGUUGCAUUUUCUCCAGGUGAAUUGGGGCAGAGGUGAUCUAUUUUUUAACCAUAGCAAUAACCAUAUAUUGGGAUUUGAGCACACCUUCGGCGGGGCGGGAGGACAGACAUUUUAGCCAGAUUGUUUUAAACAAAACCAAAAACCUAAAUAGAGCACUACCAUCCUCUGUGGCUGCUGCAUUUCUGUAGAAAGAACUUAUUUUAUUGACUUUUUUUUUUUAAGGAAAAGAAACAAAAAGACCCCAACAAGCAAAAACAUUUUAAAAAAUGAUUUUUUCUCCUACUUAAGUGUUUCCUUCUCCUUUUUCUCUACUUUUGGAGAAUGAACUUUAACAUCCUGGCUUCUUUUGUUAAGCCAUAGCUGACCUUAAUCUGUGGUUAGUUUAUUAAAAUAAUAAAAAAUACUUUGUAAGAAGAGAUAUUUUUGAUAUUAGGACUGAUGUUGAAAUAUGGGGUGGGGAUUAGGGGCAAUUUAUAAAAAGGUAGAUAGAGACAUAUAUUUUAGUGAACUAUAACCACAGAGCACAGAUAACUCCCAAUGAGCUGAUCUGUCUUUAGAUUUCUCCCUCUCCUUGACCCAUCCCUGUUCUCCAGGGGCUGGGAGUGGGGAUGUGGACACAGUAGGGGGAGCUCCUUUGCAUUUUGCACAAAGCACAAGUCUGGACAGCCGAUGCUCUGGCCAGAGCCAUUUCUAAGAGCUUUAAACCGGAAGACCCAUCCUGGGCCAAGUUUCCUUUUUCUUUAUAUUUUUUUCCGGGAAAAAAAAAGUCAACUAUGCAAUUGUAUACACUCCCGGGUGCAUGUGAGGAAGGGGAAUAAGUGUACUUAAUGUGUCCAGAGUAUUAACAGGCUGUUUUUCUGUGUUUGGAUUUCUCUUUUGAGGUAUGUACUCAUAACUCAUCCCAUGGAAUGGAGUCCCCACAUUUGAUCUAAAGCAGUUGCACGUGCAUGUGCGUGCGUGCGUGCGUGCGUCUUCCUUCUUGGUACCCAGUCAUGACUGUCCUUGUUGGAAAUGCUCACGGUUUAGAAAGGUUCUUUUCUCCUCAACAAUCUCAGAAGUCACCUAUUUAAUUUCCUAUGGCUAUUAAUUCUUAGGGUUUUCUUUGAAAAUAGGUUUGUUUUAAGGAAGCAGUGAGAUUCCAAAGGAAGGGAUGUGUAUAUGUCUGGACAGGUCUGGAACCUGGUAUGCGAUGAGCACUCCCCUAAGGUGCAGAAUUUAAGGGGCUACCAUAAAAAACUCAUUCAGCAACAUACUUAAAAAAAUGCAGUAUUUUUAAAAAUUAUUGCAAAAAAAUUAUGUUGAAUAAAGUAGCGAAAUCUUACAGGAUCUGACAGGACUGGGAUUAGGAGGAGGGAAGUGAGGCUGAAUUGAAUAAGUAUGGGGAUGAAUCCUCUUUAAAUAUUUGAUACAUUGUCCAUCAUAGUUUUUUUACAUUAAUUUUGAUUUUUUUUUUCCCCAUGGAUAUUUCAGAUAAAGUGAUGAAUUAAUUUUGAUUUUUUAAAAAUGUUGCAUUAAAGUAGUAUUCAUCUUGGUUACUGGGUUUUUUGGGCACUCUUUAAAUUUUGUGCCCAAGGCGACUGCCUUGCUCACCUCACCCUAGUUACGUCCCUAUUUCUGUGAUUUGAACAACACUAGUGAGACCACCACUGUGUGCGCCUCCAUCCCCAUCACACACCAAACAACAGGUGGCUCAAACACCCUGAAUUUGCACAACUCACCUAGCUUUCCUAAUUUAGGCCUUCAUACCAUAGGAUGCUGGCCUGGACCAAUAGAAAUUAAAACAGACCAGGGGUUUUCCCAGAGAAGAAAGCCAGAAAAGUUUUGAUUCUCCACUGGACUGCUGUGUUUGGAUUUGAUCUGUUAUUAGAUUCUAGUUAAUACUUUUGUUUUUAAAAACUGAGGACAAAUGAACAAAAACAAAACCUUGUAUCAUGUUUGUUUUUGUUUCUAUUUAUAAAUUAGCCAAUCCCAGUUCCUUUUGCCUUCUUUUCAAAUAAAAGAUGGAAAUUUUGAAGGGUGGUCUAGGGAUUAAUAUGGUAAAAUGGGGCUUUAGGCCUUAUAGCUUUUUAUUAAGAAAUAAAUUAUUUUUUAUUUGGGAAGGUAACUAUUUAUUGAGACAUUGAAAAACCUCUCCAUUCUAAGGAUGAAAGACCCUGAGACAAUGGAUAUAUUUUUAUAGGAGAUAGCGAAGUUUGUUUUGCUUCAUUAUUUGGGGGAAGGGCUCAGUGGGAUGUUGGGGAAGUGAAGGAAUAAUGCCUGGGAAAUUAAUAUAGACUCAGCUUGGUUUGUGGUAUUUGGGGAAGAGGAGAGAAUAGAAGAGGCAAGCCCAUGCCUUUACUGGAUUGGGGAGAAGAAAAGAAGGGGCAUAGGACAUGCACUCAAAAUGGGCAGAAAAUUCCUUAGUUACAGAGUGAUAUGUGAGUGAAGAGAGAAGGCAGACCCUUUAACCGUAGGAGAGGGAUGAUACCAUCUCUCAGACUUAAAUUUAAGUGCACUUAUUUCCUUUAAUCCAGGGCAACUGGGGUACCUACUGAAGUUUUUAAUGGAGGGAGCUUUUCAGGGUUCUUGUUUUUCCCUUUUGAUGUUAGUGCUCCUCCCUCCCUGCCACGCUCUGCCCCGUCUCCAAUGGAAUAAGUAUUACUGUAGGAUAGGCCUCCACAUCUCCCUUAACCUAUGCUGCGUUUAUUGAAAGUUACGAGAUUUAACCAGAAGUUUUUCCCCCAUGCUGGUUUUUAUCAACAAAAUAAAAAGUUAUAUCAAAAGA